AUGAUUUCGUUCUCAAGAGUCGACUGUCUCUUUGUGCUUUCCCAGCUGGUCUCCCUAGUCACGGCUGCCUGCUACUAUCAAUCUCCAGCCUUCCCGCCACCAGAGUACCGCAAACCAUGUCCGGAACUCCUGGAAGCCUUUGGCCAGAUUGAAGCCUCCUUGUCCACUCUCAUGGUUGACCCCGCCCUCAACACUUCGUCUUACUCGAUUGAGGUGACUUCGUCACGGUCCACUCUUUGGUCCCGAUUCCAUACGGCGAGGGACAAGGACUCGGAAAGACCAGGUGCAGACCAAGUAGAUGGGAGAAGUGCGUACCGCAUUGCCAGCAUUACCAAGACUUUCACCGUGCUCGGCCUGCUCCAGCAGCAUGCGGCCGGUAACCUGAGCCUAGAUGAUACCAUUGACACGUACAUAUCAUCCUUGAAACGUCCUCAAACCGGAACAAUUCCCUGGAAGGAUGUUACCCUGAGGUCGCUUGCCAGCCAACUGAGCGGCAUUCCUCGAGACUGGGCCCAGGGUGAUCUCCUCACCGAAUUCCCGGAUCCCUCACAGAUCGGCCUCCCUCCUGUCCCAUCUUCGGGCCUUCCCGAAUGCGGUCCUUUCAACAACUAUGUUCCCUGUACGGCAGAGGAGCUGUUACAGAACCUGCGAACCAAGCCUCCCCUCUUCGCCCCCAACCAGAAGUCCACGUACUCCAACAUCGCCUACGAACUGCUCGGCCUGGUCCUUACCAAUGUCACCGGAAUGAGCUAUGAAGACUACAUUGACACCGCCAUUCUGAAGCCGUUGAACAUGACGGGCACUUCUUUUUCCAAGCCCGCUGACUCGGUCGCCGUUCUGCCCAAGAACCAUCACUGGUACUGGGAUGUUGAUGAAGGUGUCCAGAACCCCACCGGUGGUUUAUACGCCUCAUCGUCCGACAUGUCGAAAUUUCUUCGGUACAUCUUGACUCAUUAUAACGGUAUCACGCACGCAUUGAAUUGGCUACACCCUGCCUCUUUCACCAGCGGGAUCAAUUCAUUCUAUGGAAUUCCGUGGGAGAUUCUUCGUACCAACAAAAUCUUAGGUGGCCCAGACAGAGCUGUCACAUUUGUCACGAAAUCGGGCGGAUUACCUGCGUACAGAACUAUCAUAAUACUGGUUCCCGAGUAUGAACUCGGAAUUACCAUCCUGACGGCCGGGGAUGAAACCUUCCUGGAGCAAAUUCGAGAAAUUGUGACAGUACCUGUGAUUCAGGCGGCCGAUAAGAUUGCGAAACGCCAAGUCCAAGAUGCAUACACGGGAACCUUCGGGGCGGAGAACAUCAAUUCGUCAAUCACCCUAUCAUACACCGAAAAGCAAGGACUUGAGAUAUCCCGUUGGAUAUCCAAUGGGACAGACGUGCUUGGGGCGAUACCGAUUCAAUUCCAAAUGGGGACAGCCAAUUUUCACCUCCAAGUUGUCCCGACUCUUCUUUUUCGAGAUCCAGCAAAUCUGAAUGGCGAGCUCUGGAGAACAGCCGUGACGCCGGAAAGACCGGAACCCAAGCACGCUGCAGUCUGGGAUGACCUCUGCCUCAGUGAUCUUGAUACCAUGAUGUAUGCCGGGAAGCCCCUGAACGAAAUCGCUUUUUGGGACCGGGACCAUCGUGGGAAAUAUGGAAAGGUGGAGCUGACCGCUUUCCGAGUCUCGAUGACUCGACAAGCACAUGAGGAUCUUCUCGCUGAUAAGCUGGUCAUGCAAGACUUGUAG